AUGAGGAGGGUCCUCCGACAGACAUAUACCAUAAGCUCGAUAUACAAGCCAAAGAAAGGCCCUUCAAUUACAGUAUCCUUUUCUGGCUUAUGCUCUGCAUGGGUGUCGUUUAUGAGGUCUGAUAAUCAGGCCUUCCUCGCCCGGAUCGACGCGGUCAAACAGCCGCCUAUUGCUCGCGAGUCACUAUCUCCGUUUCACAUUGCAGCCUGGGCUGGGAUGACGAGCGCUUUGACUGCGAUGCUGACCCCUGGGCAAGACCUGAACGGCUGGACUGGAGGGGGACAGAGUGCUCUCGUCAUGGCCGCAACUGAAGGGCACGCUAAUACUGUUGUCCGCCUGAUGGAGUUUGGUGCAUCCCCAGAUGAGUCAGACGAUAGGGGCCUCAAUGCUCUACAUCAUGCCGCCAGGCGGGAUCAUCACGCCACAGUCCAGGUUCUGAUAGAUGCCGGAGUGAGCCCCAUUACGCCUAUGACAAAGAAACCUCCAAGUUUGAAGCACUUGAAUGAUGAAUCACUAGCCGGUGGUACUUCUCUGGGCGAGGCAUCUCGGAACGGGUGUGUUGAGUCUAUUCGUGUGAUGCUGCCGCAUUUGACUGAGAAUGACCGCAAGCGCUCUCUUCGUGCGGCAGUAAACUACGGCCGCAGAGCCCUUAUCAGAUAUCAUGUUGAUGCUGCAGACCUUGAUUUUAAGUCUGACUUUGGUAGAGAUCUUAUGUUGAGAGCAGCCUGCAUGUUGAACUUGGAGACUAUAGAACUGCUUAUUAGCAAAGGCGCAGACCCCAACUUUUAA